AUUCAAUCCAUGUUGCCUUCAGAAAGCUCAACUUUAGCGUUUGGCUGCUUAUUUAAACACAUAACGGCAAAUUGAGGCUGUUAGCACCAGCUAGUUUGGAUUUAAUCGCUACUAUUGAACAAUAGAGAUAUUUUGCUGACAGGCUAGUUUGAUGAAGUUUUAAUUAAGUAUAUUUAAGCUUGUUGGUAAAAUAACUUAUAUCAUGUCUGCUAAUUUGUUAAAAGAGAGAAGUAACUUUGAAUUCAUCAAUAGUCUUGACAGUAAUGAGAGCUGAUACCUGCCGUUAAUUUUAUUUUUACAUUUGCUACAUAUUGUUAGCCUCUUUUAGCAGAGCAACAUAACAGAAUCUGUAGCUACACAUUUGGUGGUCUGGUCAUUUAAAAAGGUGUUAUUCACUGAUGGCCAAAGAAGAAUGUAAUUCUCAGUGGCACAAAGCGAGGGACCCAUUCGCAGUCCGAAACCGGAAAGUCUUCCCCUCACCAGAACAGACCCAUAAAUCCCUGAUCACUCCAGAGUCAAAGAACAAACAAGGAGAUAACACCUUCCCCUCAAAUGGAUCAUCUGCUGACUUUCCAGCCAGAAGAAGGGUUGAUUCCUCAAACACACUACUGCUCAUUGUGGUGACAGGGCUGUCUUUCGCUACACGCCUCUAUAAGAUAACAGAGCCCCCUCAUGUAUGCUGGGAUGAAACUCACUUUGGAAAGAUGGGAAGUUACUACAUCAACAGAACCUUCUUCUUUGAUGUGCAUCCUCCUCUUGGAAAGAUGCUGAUUGCUCUUGCUGGUUAUAUGACUGGCUACGACGGCACCUUUCCUUUUGUAAAGCCAGGAGACAAAUAUGAACACCACAAUUACUGGGGGAUGAGAGGAUUUUGUGCCGUGUUGGGGUCCUUUCUGCCGGUCUUUGCUUACCUUAUAGUGCAGGAGCUGUCCCAGUCUCACACUGCUGCUAUCAUCACAGCCACCCUGCUCAUAUUUGACACGGGCUGCAUCACCAUCUCUCAGUACAUCCUGUUGGACCCCAUACUCAUGUUCUUCAUCAUGGCAGCAGUUCUCAGCAUGGUCAAAUUCAACCAGCAGAGCUACAGGCCUUUUACUGCCCCCUGGUGGCUGUGGCUCAUACUGUGUGGUGGUGCUCUUGCUUGUGCUCUCGGGGUGAAGUUUGUGGGUCUGUUUGUCAUCCUCCUGGUGGGUCUGAACACGGUCAAAGACCUCUGGAGAAUUUUAGGCGACCUGAGUCUCUCACUGAUUGAUGUUGCAAAGCACUUCCUAGCCCGUGUUGCUGGCCUCAUCUUGCUUCCACUUUUCCUCUACGUGACAAUAUUUGCAGUUCACUUUGUUCUGUUGAACAAAAGCGGGCCAGGCGAUGGUUUCUUUAGUUCGACCUUCCAGUCACGUCUCAUUGGGAACAAUCUGUACAACGUGUCCAUGCCAGAGUACCUGGCGUAUGGCUCCACCAUUACAGUGAAAAAUCUUCGUAUUGCAGGAGGUUAUCUGCACUCCCACUGGCACUUAUACCCAGAGGGAGUUGGAGCAAAGCAGCAGCAGGUGACAGCUUACCUCCACAAGGACCACAACAACAUGUGGUUGGUUCGCAAGCCAGAUAAUGAUACUCAAUCUGGGAGCCCUGAUUUGGUUCGUCAUGGUGACAUCAUUCGGCUGGAACACAAAGAAACAACCCGUAACCUCCACAGUCACCUCCAUCAAGCCCCUCUGACUAAGAAGCACUUCCAAGUUACAGGCUAUGGACUUAAUGGAACGGGGGACACUAACGACCUGUGGCAGGUGGAGGUUUGUGGAGGCCGGAAGGGCGACCUGGUGAAAGUCCUACGCAGCAAAGUUCGCUUCCUGCACAGAGCCACGGGCUGCGUGCUGUACUCCUCUGGCAAGUCUCUUCCGAAGUGGGGCUGGGAGCAGGUGGAGGUGACCUGCAGUCCAUACCUGAAGGAGACUCCAAGCUCUCAGUGGAACAUAGAGGAUCACAUCAAUCCCAGAUUACCCAACAUCAGUCUUUCUCUACUAAAACCGAAUUUUCUGGAAAUCUUGCUGGAGUCUCAUAUAGUCAUGUUAAGGGGUAAUAGUGGCUUGAAGCCCAAAGACAAUGAAAUGAACUCCAAACCUUGGCACUGGCCCAUCAACUACCAGGGAUUGAGGUUUUCAGGUGUGAAUGAGACGGAGUAUCGUGUUUACCUGCUGGGAAACCCUGUAGUCUGGUGGAUAAAUCUAGCCAGUUUAGGGUUGUAUCUCAUCAUGGUGACACUGGCGUCUGUAGUCAUUCAAAGAGGAAUCUCACCGCAGCAGAAAAGAAUAGAGCAUUCAGAUGUGCUCAGGGGAGGGGGGGGACUCCUACUGCUUGGCUGGCUGCUGCACUACGUCCCCUUCUACGUCAUGGGCCGCAUCCUCUACUAUCACCACUACUUUCCUGCAAUGCUCUUCAGUAGCAUGCUAACAGGAGUUACAUUAGACAUUCUACUGAGAAAUGCUGAUCUGUUACUAUACCAACCUUAUUCUGAUUGGCUGCACAGAGGAGGGCAGAUGGUCCUCUUAUUCACCGUCCUCUACAGGUGAGCUAAAUGAAGUUUCCACCUGUUUCAUCCGCUGUCCUAUGGCAUGACGGGUCCUCUAGCACACGAGCCAGGCAGUACCAUGGCUGGCCUGAAGUGGAUGGAGUCCUGGGAGUUUUAGUCACUUCCCCAAGAUCUUGACACAAAUGUUGUACAGUGAAGGUCAGAAGUUUACAUGCACCCAUCAUGUGCAUGAAUACCAAAAUAAUUUAGGAUUUUGGGCAGGCUGAUCAUACAGCAAGAAUUGGAUGCUCGAUUUUUAAUUUAAUUAGAAUUAGAAAAACUAAUCCACACAGGCUCAAAUAUAAACAUACAAUCUUGAACUAUUUUUUUGUAAAACUCCUUUACAAGUUGCAGGAAACCGUAUUUCCAGCCAGAAUUAUGCCAGUAGCUUGUUGAUGGCUACAAAAAAGGACUUGGUUUCUCUGCAACUUGUAAAGGAGCUUUAACUAAGUUUAUAUUCAAAUGUGUGCAUCCAAUUCUUGUCUAUUAAACCUACACAAACCAUUAAAGCCCACUGCGACAAAGAACCAUUCAAAUGCAUCAGUAAAAAGCCCAAAUUAAUAGGACAGUCAUGCCCAUCUUGAGUGUAUGUAAACUUCUGAUCAGCACUGUAUAUUUGCUGCUCUCUAACGUGUUAACACAGAAAUAUUUUCUUACAGUACUGACUAAAAACCUACCUGUCCAAGUAUUUGUGUCACAGCAUUUCUUGCAAUGCAGGCUGUAUGUGUGUGUGAGAAUAAAGACUAAGUCAUUCAUCGCCAAAAUGCCAUAACUCACACCACAGCUUCCAUCUUUAAUAAGCGAAUGUGCCUCCAGGUAAAUGAUGAUUGAAAAGCUGAGCUGCCCAGUUGGUUUAAAAUAAGCUCUAAUUACAGGAAAGGGCUUUUGUUUAGUUGUCCUGAUCUUAGUGUUGGCAGUUUCCUAAUUAUUGCCGUCAAGAACAGCUACUGACCCUCUGUUUACAUUUUAGUGUGACAAAUAAACAGUGGUAUUUUAUUCUACAA